UCACUAGCAAAGUUUGAUUUGCGGUCAUAUUGUCAGUUAGAGCGGCUCGAACCACUUGGAGUUGUCUUCAGUUUGUGGUAGUUGCGCUUCGCGAGUGGUUGAGCCAGUUGAAAAGUAGUGACAUACCUGGUGUACAUAUAAACUUAACAUUGGCAAAUUGAGCGACACUCCUACUUACAUACCUAUAUUGCACAAUAAAUAAACAGAUACCCUCGUCAAUAUUAUAGUCUAUAAGAUGUUUGCGCAUAAAAGAAGCAGCCUGGCGCUGAGUGUGGUGCUAAUCGCAGUGCAAAUGCUUUCAUGGACACCGACAAUGAGUUUGCGCCAAGGUGCCCCGGAAACAGUGUGCGACACAAUGUUGCCAUUUCAUGGUGGUGGCAUACCGCCGCGGGAUUCUUUGCCACCAUUUCGAAUAGAAACGUCGUCAUCGGUAAUUGGACAAGGCCAAACGAUGCGUGUGGACAUUGUCGGCGUUCCGCCUGGCUUAAGUUUUGCGGGAUUCGUGGUGCAGGCACGCAAUCGCAACUCGCCGCAUCAAAUUAUCGGUCAAUUUAAUCCACCAUCUGAUGGCAGCGCUAAGCUGAUGAACUGUGAGAAUUCAGUUGGAAACUCAGUUACGCACACAAAUCCAGGACCGAAGCAGUCCGUGAGCUUAGAAUGGCUUUCGCCAGUAGACUUUUUGGGCGAUGUAGUCUUCAACGCUACUGUGGCUCAAGCUUACGAUUCGUUCUGGGUCGGUAUACCAUCAGACCCGGUGCAGAUUGUACGACGCGACACUACAGACACAUAUCCACAGACUACACGUAAACCUUAUGUAACACCGCCACCACGUGGCCCUUACACACCACAAACGGAAGUACCACAGGUGAGAGCAACAGCAGAGGAUCCGCUCUAUGCUGACUGUGGGGUUAGUAAAACUUGCUUCGGCUUUCCGGAUGGCUGUAUUGCAACGAAGUCCUGUAAAGCUAUGUCAGCGAUUACGGUGCGCGGUGAUGUGUACGAAUUUGAAUUGAAAACCGGAAGUGAUGGUGCUGCCUACGUUGCACUGGGCCUAUCGGAGGAUGCUAAAAUGGGUGACGAUUUAGUGACAGAGUGUGUGCCACAGAAUGGUCAGGUGAAUCUAUAUUCGUCAUACACCGCAGGUGCUCCAAAUUAUGCCGCAAACAGAGCUAAUGUGCCCCAGAAUAAAGCGCGUUUACUGGAAUCGUCGGUUGUGGACGGUAUCAUCUAUUGCAAAGUGCAACGAGAUGUGGUAACUCAAGUGCAAGGCAAAACCUUUGAUUUGCUGAACAACAAUUAUCACCUUUUGGUAGCGAGUGGAACCGGACUCAAAGAAAAUAGCGUCGGCUAUCAUGACAUUGGACGCUUACCAUCCGGCAGUCCAAUAAAUUUGGCUGUUGUGCAGGAUCUCUCUGGUUCCUCGACGUUGUUGUUGCGUUUACAUGGUGCUUUCAUGGUGAUAGCGUGGAUUGGUACAACGUCUUUGGGUAUUAUUUUAGCGCGUUACUUCAAACAAACUUGGGUCGGUAAACAGAUUUGCGGAAAGGAUCAAUGGUUUGUGUGGCAUCGUGCUUGCAUGGUCACCACCUGGUCGCUGACGGUCGUUGCCUUCAUCAUUAUAUUCGUCGAAAUCGGCGAAUGGUCCGGUGAGCGUAAUCCCCAUGCGAUACUCGGCACAAUAACGACCAUCAUAUGCUUUAUUCAACCGAUCGGUGCACUCUUCCGCCCUGCGCCGAAUUCCAAAAAUCGCCCGCUCUUCAACUGGACCCAUUGGUUGGGCGGAAAUCUGGCGCACAUACUAUCGAUCGUUACGAUUUUCUUCGCUGUCAAACUGACCAAAGCCGAACUGCCCGAGUGGAUGGACUGGAUACUCGUCGCAUUUGUGGUGGUGCAUGUGAUUGUGCAUUUGAUUUACUCGAUUUUUUUGUGCAUGCAGAUUGCCGGUUGCUUCGCCGAUCGCCAGCAGACGCAAAAUGUGAACGCCUUCCAGAUGAGCGACAUGGGUCAUCAUGGCAUGCGCAAUGGCCACCGCAUGGAGCGCAAAAUGGAUGCGCCGUACGCCGGCUUCCGCAAGGGUCUCUUGGCCGCCUACAUUAUAUGUGUUGUACUCUUUGUUGUUGCGCUGGUGUUGAUUGUGGUGCUCGCACCCAUUGAGGAGACGUUCAACAAACUCAAGAACAACUAAACCCGUCACGGUGCAUUAAGUCGUAGCGUAGGGGCCGUUGUACUUAGCUCAAAACUAAUCUGGAAAACCUGAAAUAAUAAAUACCAAGGGAAUUUGCUCAAGUUUACAAUAUACUCGUAUAUGUUAAAGUGCUAUGUAUGUAUGUACUCGUAUGUAUGUUCGAAAUCCCGUGUUGCAAUGGCGCAAUUUGUUUAUAAUUCAAUGUACUUGUACCUCAAAGCAUUUGUUUUAGCGUAAGUCCUUAUCAUAUUGAUUUUUAUGUACAUACAUAUACUCGUAUUGAAGUUGGUCACAUUUCAGUUGUUUUUCUUAAGAACUCUUCUGUUGUACAUUGUUAAAAUAAUUUAUUCCAAAAGAUAUUUUAUACAAAUAUAUAUACUAUACAUGUAUGUAUGUAUAUGUUUUUAAACUUUUAA